AUGGGGUGCACGGUAUCGAAGCUAGAUAACGAGGACACAGUGCGGCGGUGCAAGGAGAGGCGCCGUCUGAUGAAGGAAGCAGUGAACGCCCGGCACCACCUGGCCUCCGCGCACUCCGAUUACUGCCGCUCCCUCCGCAUCACUGGUUCCGCCCUCGUCACGUUCGCUUCUGGCGAACCACUCUCCAUUUCUGAUCACACUCCGGCGGUCCUCCUCCGCAAUCUGUCCUCCACCUCAAACGCCACUGCCGCCAACAUUUCCAAACCCACUUUCAUCCCUCCUCCUCGUCACAUCCCCUCCCCUUCCCCUUCUAUCCAUCCCCCUCCACCGCCACCACCCAUGUCCACCACCUCCAGCCACCGCUUCCACCAGCAGCAGCUACCGCGCCGCAAAAAAACAAUGAAACUCCCACAUAUUCUGUCAGAUUCUAGCUUCUCAUCCUCUCCGCGACCAUCGCAUAAUUUCGACGGAAAAUAUACUUACGACGCCAGAGAGAAUUCGACUUACUCCAGAACCCCCUCCCAGGCGUCCUCUGUAUGGAAUUGGGAGAACUUCUACCCUCCCUCCCCUCCCGAUUCCGAAUACUUCCAGAACCUCCAUAGCAACAAGAAUGCCUCCCGAAUUACUCAAGAAGAAAGCAAUUCGGAUGAUGACGACGACGAAGACGCUGACAGAGAAUCUAACUUAUCAUCGUUUUCUAAUACUCACGAUCAGAUCAAUAACUAUCAAAAUCCCAUUAGCAACAGCAACGACAAGAAGCAAUUCGACGACAAGGCGUCCAAUUAUUCAUCGCAUUCACGUUAUUCAGACAGUGGGAACAGUUAUGUAAGAAAUCAUUCUAAACAAGGUCCUGUACCAGUGCAAAAGAAAGGUCACCAUCUAAAAAGCUUGGAAAGCGAAGAGGAGGAAACGGAGAGAGAAGAAGUGCAGUGCAGUGAAUGGGGGGACCACGACCAUUAUUCCAAUACAACGAGCUCGACUGAUGAGGAUGAAGAGGAGGAUCUCAAGUCCAGAUCUGAUUUUGGAUCUCAAUGGAAUUACGGGUCAGUGAAAAAUGAGGCUGCUCCUGCUCCUAAUGUGGGGAAUUCGAACCGGAAUUUGAAUUCCAAGUUCUCGAGUAAAUCCGAGAAGAUUUACUCGGAUGAUAGCAAGUCAUCGGUUAGUUGGGGAAAUAAGAAUGAUGAAGGGAUGAAUUCUGAUAGGAGGAUUGUGGUGAGGCACAAGGAUUUGGUAGAAAUUGUUGCAGCACUAAGGGAGUAUUUUGACAAGGCUGCGUCAGCUGGUGAGCAGGUAUCUGAGAUGCUAGAAACUGGACGAGCUCAGCUUGAUCGAAGCUUUAAGCAGUUGAAAAAAACAAUCUAUCAUUCGAGUGGAAUGUUGAGUAACUUGAGCUCUACCUGGACUUCAAAACCUCCUUUGGCUGUUAAAUACCGGCUUGAGCCCAGUUCGCUUGAUCAGCUAGGAGGCCCGAAAAGCCUUUGUUCAACUUUGGAACGGCUUUUGGCGUGGGAAAAGAAACUAUAUAAAGAAGUAAAGGCGAGAGAAGGUGAAAAAAUUGAGCAUGAAAAGAAGUUGGCUGCACUACAAGGUCAGGAGUACAGGGGAGACGAUGAAGACAAGUUGGAUAAGACGAAAACCUCAAUAAAGAGACUACAAUCCCUAAUUGUCGUCACAUCGCAGGCCGUAUCUACUACCUCCUCUGCUAUUAUUGGCUUAAGAGAUUCCGACCUAGUCCCGCAGCUUGUGGAACUUUGUCAUGGGUUUACGUACAUGUGGAGAUCAAUGCAUCAGUUUCAUGAAGUCCAGAAUGAUAUCGUGCAGCAAGUGCGAGGCCUUGUUAAUCAAGCAAAAAAAGGUGAACCAACAUUUGAUAUGCACAGGCAGGCAACACGAGAUCUUGAAUCAGCUGUAUCUGCCUGGCAUUCUAGUUUCUGCUGCCUGAUAAAAUUCCAACGAGAUUUUGUUCGUUCUCUCCAUGGCUGGUUCAAGCUUAGCCUCCUUCCAGUCAGUGGCGAAGCAACUAAUGGCAACGGGGAACUGUCUGAGGUUUUUGCUUUUUGUGAUGAGUGGAAACUUUCACUCGAUCAGAUUCCCGAUACAGUUGCCUCUGAAGCCAUCAAAAGUUUCGUCAAUGUUGUUCGUUCAAUAUCUUUAAAACAAAUGGAGGAGCUCAAGAUCCAGAAAAGAACUGAAACUGUAUCGAAGGAGCUCGAGAAAAAAGCUUCCUCUCUCAGAAACAUUGAGAAAAAGUAUUAUCAAACUUACUCUAUGGUCGGCAUAGGUCUUCCUGACACUGGGCUUGAAAAUGGGCAUGGUAUGGAUACACGAGACCCACUUGCCGAGAAAAAAGCCGAGCUUGCAAUUUGCCAAAGACGGGUGGAAGACGAAAUGCACAAACACACGAAGGCAGUUGAGGUGACCCGAGCAAUGACGUUAAACAACUUGCAAACAGGAUUGCCUGGUGUUUUCCAAGCUAUGACCAGUUUUUCUGCUUUGAUGACAGAAGCGCUUGAGGCAGUUUGCACCAGCUCCUACGCCAUCAAGUAG